AUGCCGCGCGACACGUUGGACGACGGCGAGCGUUACACGCCGAUGACGGGGUCGGGGAUCGGGCUGAGUGGCACGAAGAACAUCUACGGCAGCGGCACUCUGAUAUCAAACUGGGUGGAGGACAUCGCGAAGACCGCGCACCGGAGGCGGAGAUCCGUUCUGGACUACGGCGCGCCGUUUCAGGCCGAGACGACGAGCAAGGGUCACUUCAAGCGUCCCGAGCUGAACAAGGAGGAGAUGGCCAACGACGCCCGCAGUCGCGCGACGCUCAAGGCCACCAUGCGCGGGCAGCCCGGCGCCACAAUCUUCCAUCACACCCUGCGGGAAGACGAGCCGCAGACGCACUUCAUGUCGACCUCGAACGUCGCCUACUCGGAGCCCAGGAAGGGCAAGAUCCCCAUCGACCAGGGCCUGUGGGGCCCGAGCAAGAGGCACAACUCCCGCGUUCCAGUGCGACCUGAACAGGUGACCCAGUACUGA